CUCACCACAGAGUGGCUAUUUACUUUGAAUUGGGAACUCAUAAAAUAAUUGUGUUGCGAAACCACACUCAGUUGCCAGCAAGUUCUUCAGCUUUAAAGACUACAAUUUUAAGAAAAAUUCAAGAGAAAUGGCCGUAAGCACCCAAGAGCUACUUAGUGCCCUGUCUAUACUGGCCGACAAUGAAAAUAUUCAGGUGGCUUUCGAGGAGUCUGCCAAAGGAGCUGCGGUUUGUGCAGCCGGAGCCCUUAUCGGGGGACUACUAAUGGGUCCCCGGGGGCUGGCGGUGGGCGGGGCCCUUGGCGGACUUGCAGCCUACGGACUUACAGAAGGAAAGUUCAAGUCACUGAGUGAGGUCAUUUCGGAUGACUUGUCGGACAGUCAGCGCCGAGAACUGAAGGAGCAUGUGAUCCGUGCUAUAUCCCAAAUUAAAGCUGUCAGUGCUCUAGAGGUCGUAGGAUUAAUAUUUAAGAGCAAACAGGUGCAAGAUGUUGCACUAAACGCUGUUAAGUCAUUUUUCACCGAUCGUAUGAGAAUGACCAUAAUUGAUUAAUCAUCAAUCCAUUUAAUUCAUUAUGCUAUUGUAUGACAUAAUAAUAAAAGCAUAGUCGA